CUCACUUCUUACUCUUUCAACCGGAGUCAAAAUUUCAUGUCCUUAAGUUCACAACCCGUGAAUGCCACGCAUAGGUCUGCCUCGUUGUCCAGAUCACAAGACUCGGCCCCGUGCUCAUCCUCCAAUGUGACUUCAAUGUCAAACGCACCCAGCUCCACUCACAACGCGGCGAACUCUAUACCGUCCACGUUUGAAUUUACCAAACGAAAACGCUGGGCAGAUCUUCUCAUACACGAACUGUCAGAGGCGAUUGUUUUCGUGCUCUCCAGUGACUGCAAGAUCUUAUUUUGCUCAAGGGCUGUCUCAGAAUUACUGGGUUGGCGAGAUACAGAACUUAUUGACAAGGAUCUUGUCGACUUCGUCAACGGCGAGGAUAAGCAUGCUUUCCGUGGGUCGUUUGACCAAUCACUGCGCUCGCGCGCGGAAAUGUUAUCCUAUGUUCGGUUCAAGUGUCAAAAUGAGUACGCCUCCCACACCAAGGAAGUUCUUUUCGAAGUGAAGGGUUAUCCCCACUACAUCGAUGAUGAACCCUAUGCGCGCUGCUUCUUUGCAGUGGGAAAACCGUAUCCGAGUCGGAAUACAGCAAUGUUAAACACAUUCCUUGAGCUCAAGACUGAAAAUGAACGGCUGCAGCAGCGCCUCGCAGACCUUAGAAUCCGUAUUCCGCCACCUUCUAUUGCCCAUACUAGUCAAUCAAUGGCUUCUAUGUAUUCUACACCAUCCAGUUCUCGUGGACCUGCACAGUCGGUGACCCUCCGCCCCGUCGGCGACUUAACCGCCACGUGUUAUACCACCCAUCAGACUGGCAUGUCAUACGAUGACUUAGUGACACAGGCAAAUCACCAUCAACUACGGGGCUUCACUGACCCUCCCAACGUGCUCGCGUAUGGCAACUACGCUCUUGUCGGCCAACAAACGCAGCCGACAGAAGACAAUUAUGGCGACGAUGCUGCCAGAAGGAAAAAGAUCCGCAAAAUGCACGCCGCAGAGCAGUACGUUUGUGUUACAUGUGGACGUACAGAUUCCCCAGAGUGGCGCAAGGGCCCACAAGGGCCAAAAACCCUUUGCAAUGCUUGUGGUCUGCGAUGGGCAAAACAAGUACGUACUAAACAGGAUGAGGAACAGCCUAGCGCAGGACCCAGCACUUGAAUCCCGUUCCGUGCCAUUCGGCACGCCGCACCUGUCAGCACACAGCCUGUCACGGACGUUUUUUCCUCUUAGUUGAUGUUGAGGGUCAGGGGCUAGGCUGUUUGGUGGCAUGCGGCUGGCAUCUUGUUAAAGAAUAGCCAGCCGAGUUGUUUUUGGACCACUUCACGGUAUACGACACGACAUAGACGCUUCAUAUACACGGACAUGCAAUAUGUAUUUUACAUAGAUAGUGUGAUUUUUACUUGGAUACGGUUUCUUGAAUCUUAUUUUGUGAGAGGUGGUG